GAAGCGCCGACCAUGAGGCUAAAGUGUAACUCGUGCAAAUUAAUUCAGUUAUGGAUGACAUUAAUAGUUCUCUUCGCAUUAAAAGUGGAUGCCCUGCAGCGUUUGAAAUUUGAAAGGCACAGAAAUCCCGAACAAAGUCACCACAAUUUGAAAAACGAACUCAAAAGCCUUUCCAUCAAGCACAAACUCAAGGUGGAGGAUGCCACAACUGUGGCUCCCUCAAAGGAUCGAGGUACAAGUCUGGGAAAUUACGCCAACACCAUGUACUAUACCAGAAUAGAGAUUGGAACUCCUCCCCAGGAGUUUUCGGUGCUGAUCGACACGGGUUCAGCCAAUCUUUGGGUGCCCUCCAUACAGUGUACGUCUUCGCCCUGCCAGAAUCACAGGAAAUACAAUUCAACGGCUUCCAAGACCCACGUGGUUAAUAACACCAACUUCCGGAUCGAAUAUGCUUCAAAUGCGGGAGAUGGCGGAGUGGCACUUUCCGGUUUUAUAUCCCAGGAUAUUGUUAAAAUUGGAAGUUAUUUAACGCUAAACCAGGGAUUCGCCGAGAUUAUCGAUGAGCCACUGAAACCUUUUCUCAACUCUCCGUUUGAUGGAAUCUUGGGUCUGGCUUAUGACACCAUAGCCGUGGGAGGAGUGACCCCGCUCCUGUAUAACUUGGUGGAUCAAGGCCACAUAGAGUAUCUAGGGUUUUCCAUAUACUUCCAAAGGAAUGGCACGAAUGCCUUGAAUGGUGGUGAACUGAUUCUAGGAGCCACCGAUUCCCGUUUGUAUAGUGGAUGUCUCACCUAUGUGCCGAUCUCCACAGCAGCUUAUUUCCAGUUUCAAAUGACGAGUGCUACGCUUAAUGGAACCAAAUUGUGUUUGAAUUGUGAGACCAUCUUAGAUGCAGGCACUUCCAUGAUUGUGGUACCGGUAGAAGCUAUUACGAUUAUCAACAAAUUACUGGGUGUUACAAAUCCAAAUGAUUCUAGUGGUGUGUUUUUUGUGGAUUGCUCAACGGUUUCUUUGCUACCGGAUAUGGUUUUUACCAUUGCCCGCAAGGAGUUGCCCUUGAAGGCCUCACAAUAUGUUUUGCAAUAUGGAAAUGUAUGUGUCUCCAGUUUUACCAGCUUGGAGGGAAACUCCUUGUGGAUUCUCGGUGACAGUUUCAUGGGUGCCUACUAUACGGUAUUCGAUUUGGAGUAUCAUCAAAUAGGAAUUGGCAAGGCAGUGCAAUGAGAAGAAAUAAUACUUUGAAAUAAAUUUAUGUUAAAGCACUUGAUGUUGUAGAGGACUAUUUUUAUGUCCUUUACAGGCACACAACUAAAUACAAUUUAUGUCAUUAUUAAUAUACCAAUUGUAAACUUUGUACAGAUAAUAAAAUAAAUUAUAAAAACCCCUCUCGAAACUUUA